AUGCGGCAUUUGGGCCGGCUGUUGGCGCAAAGCGGGCAUCGGGAGAUUGGCUGGGAUCUGGCCCGCCACACGGUUUCGGCUGGAUGCAUGCGGCGGCUCAACUUCUUCGACCGGCAUGUGGUGAAGCAGGACGGAGACAGCGGCGAGGGGAGCGAUGUGCACCCGGGCAUCCAGAAGCUGAAAGUCUCCUGUGUGGCCGGAGGCGACUCCUUAUGGCUUGGUGAAGCACAAGGGGAGAUCAGGCGUUUGGAGGAGACGCACUUGUCACCCCCUUGCAGGGCUUUCGAGCAAAAACUACUGGGACUCUGUGCGGCCAAGGACUUGCUCUUCGCUCUGGGCACAGACUUCGCCCCAGGUGCACCUGCGCAGCCGGGCAUCGCCAAGUACAAGAUCAUCGAAGCGUCCGACUCUGAGCCGGCGGUUCUGAACAGCCACCGUGUCUUCCCUCGCGGCGAGGGCCAAGCGAGCUGCAUUGCUGCCUACUGCAGCGGACGCCGAGGCCUAGUUGCCGUGGGCACCGAUGCGGCGCUUCAGCUCUUUAGAGCCCAGGACAUCGUGCAGGAAAAGCCCUAUCCGGUGACAUUGACUUUGGAGGACGGCGCUGGGAACCAGGAGGUGACCUCCAUCGAGUUCCUGGAGCAGGGCUCGCGUGUCAUCCUCUUCGCUUGCACCCGCAAGAGCGUAUGCUCCUGGCGGGUCUGGGAUGGCAGCAACGUGGUGAAUCAGGAGAUCCGGCUCCUGAACUUGGAUGCGGCGGGUGGUGCCUCGCCCAGUUGUGCCCGCGCCUUUCCGGGCAUGAACGCGCUACUGGUGGCGAAAGCGGACGCCAUUUUCGCCUACGAUCCGGAAGAGGGCAAUAUGUCUGCCAUGCCCUUGGAUGGGGACAAGGUGCUGCUGGAGCGCUUCAAGUCCUACUUGGCAGUAGUGACCAGCGACACGAUGCCACCCUUUGCCACGGCGUCAUCCAUGCCCAAGCAGACGGUGACUGUGGUGCUGGCGCAGAAGGGCAUGCGAUUCAUUGCCUUUACCAGCCAAUUUACGGAUGUCACCCACGUGGUCUCAGCACAAGAACGAGUCUACCUGGUCUCCCGUGGCGGCGCCGAUGGCAAUACCGUGCUCUUUGAGCUCCGGGAGAAGCCGCUCGAAGAGCGGCUGGAUGUGCUCAAGAAGAAGCGCAUGUUUGAGUGGGCGGCAGAAGUUGCUCUGACAAGUGAUGCAGAUCCAGAGGUGACGGCUGAGAUCUACAAAUUGCACGGGGACGCGCUUUUCGAGAAGCGAGCCUAUGACCAAGCGCUACAGAUCUAUGCGAAGACGGUAGAUCUCGGCUUGCCGCUGGAGCCCUCCUAUGUGGUGGAGAAGUAUUUGGAUGCGCAGAGGAGGGAUGUCAGUGUCUGGGGACCACACAAAGAGAGGGUUCCAAUAUUUGGCUCAUGGCACUCGAUUUUUGAGUUGGACCGGACCCGAGAGUUACUUCCUUGA